UUUUUUCCGGGGUAAAUGAGGAUAAAGAACACUCGACUAUCUCUCAUCGAGUAGAGCUUUUUCAAAACUAGGUGGGGACAUGAUAUUUGGGGAUACAAGCCUUGGAAGCCACGCAUUUAAGCCAUUUCCGCAAACUCUUUUUGCAGUUUUCAGUGGACAACGAGCGCUCCAUGUUUGUUAUUGCAAUAUUGGUGGGAUAUGGCUUUGAAUUCUCAACCGCACCAUACCAAGUAACUGACAAAUUGAUUGCUCAUUUUGAGGCCUACCCAUCAGCUGAUAAGCUAUCCACUUUGGUUUUGUACCUCGUCGCUGUUAGAAAUGGGUUAACAAGGAAAAGCAGAACCACCAAAAACCACCAUUGACAACAUUAAUAACAACAACAAGCCCAAUGCUCCCUUUGCCUCCCCUCGAUUUCAAAGAUGUCCAGGAACGCUUCGCUACCCAUUUUAGGCCUUUACAACGCUCUUUUCAAUUCUGGGCACGAGCUGUUGAUAUCUAUACUGGCUACAAGGCUUUUCAGCUUCGAGUUAGUUUUGUGAAAGAUGUGCAGAAGCAAGAGCAAAUGUGGGAAAGGCAGCAUGAGGUGGCGGCUGAGAAGAUAUAUGCUAUGUGCUACGACCUUGGUGGUUUUUUCCUCAAGAUCGCCCAAAUUAUUGGGAAGCCAGACCUGGCCCCAGCUGCGUGGGUGAGAAGGCUUGUUACACUGUAUGAUCAAGCUCCUCCAACCCCUUUUAAUGCCGUCCAAAGUGUGCUAGAGAAGGAGUUUGGUAAAAGUGUUGGGGAAAUAUUUGAAAGAUUUGAUGUGGAUCCUCUUGGUUCUGCUUCAAUUGCACAGGUUCACCGAGCAAGACUGAAAGGUGAUAAGAGUGAUAUCGUCGUCAAGGUGCAACAUCCUGGAGUUCAGGAGCUGAUGAUGACGGAUAUCCAUAACUUGCAAGCUUUUGCUUUAUACAUGCAGAAGACAGAUAUCAAAUUUGAUCUGUACUCUAUAACUAAAGAAAUCGAAAAGCAGAUUGGAUAUGAAUUCGACUUCGUGAGGGAAGCCAAUGCUAUGGAAAAAAUUCGACGUUUUUUGUUUGAGAAUAACAAAAAGCCUCCUGUUUUGGUGCCACGGGUGGUGCGAAACUUGGUCACUAGGAGGGUCUUGGUGAUGGAAUAUAUUGAUGGAAUUCCAAUCAUGGAUCUUGGUAACGAAAUAGCAAAAAGGGGCAUAAACCCUGAUAGUAGGAUAGCAGUGGCGGCAAAGCAGAACAUCCUUAAGAGUUUAACUAUAGCAUACGGACAAAUGAUUUUGAAGGAUGGCUACUUCCAUGCAGAUCCCCAUCCUGGAAAUAUCUUGAUCUGUAAAGGCUCAGAGGUGGCGUUGCUAGACUAUGGGCAAGUGAAGGAUCUCCCUGACAGUUUGAGGCUUGGUUAUGCUAAUCUUGUCCUUGCGAUUGCAGAUGAUGACCCUGUAAAAGCAUCAGAGAGCUACAGGGAGCUGGGGAUAGAGACUGUAAGCAACUGUAAAAAUGAACAGCAGGAAUUGUUUAGGUUGGCACAGACAAUGUUCGAUACGAAAUUACCCCCUGGAGUUACGAUGCUACAACCUUUUGCUGAGGAAUCUUCAAUUAAAAAAAUUGGUGUUCAGUCCUUUCCAGAGGAAUUGUUUUCUGUACUCCGGACUGUACAUUUGCUGAGAGGUCUGAGUGUUGGUUUGGGAAUCAACUACUCAUGUGCAGAACAAUGGAGACCUUUUGCGGAAGAAGCUUUGUAUCGUGCUGGGAGGUUACCAGGUAAGAAUAUAAAGCCUAGAGUCCAUAGACGCGGUUUUAUAAGAAGAUUAUUUAGGAAAACCUGAUCGACCAGUUUUGAUAGUAAUGCUGAUAUAGCAUACAUACAUAAACGACAUUCUUAUCCUUGGUGUUAAAAUUAUUUUUCUAGAAGGGAAAAGAAUAUUCUAUUUACCAGUUGCAUAGAGUCUGUAUCUUAGCUACCACAAGCUCUUGUAUGGCGUUGUAAUGCAGUUUUAGGGUGUUAAAAACUGCAUGAAGUAAGAAGAAAACUGGCCACAGUUCUUUGGUUUGUUGAUGAUACUGUCUUGGGCAUUAUUUGAGACUAAAUAGAACCAACUUCUGUUUGUGAUUUUCUGUA